AUGCCUCCCAAGUUCGACCCCAAUGAGGUUAAGGUCAUCCACCUCCGGGCGACCGGUGGUGAGGUCGGUGCCUCUUCGGCUCUUGCCCCCAAGAUCGGUCCCCUGGGUCUGUCGCCGAAGAAGGUCGGUGAAGAUAUUGCGAAGGCCACUGGUGACUGGGAAAGUUGGUUGACGAAAGGCGUAUCCACCUCGCCGCGGUUUAUACAGAAGGGUCUCCGCGUGACGGUCAAGCUCACGAUCCAAAACCGCCAAGCCCAAGUGUCGGUCGUCCCUUCCGCGUCAUCACUCAUCAUCCGGGCGCUCAAGGAGCCCCCCCGCGACCGGAAGAAGGAAAAGAACAUCAAGCACAACAAGUCGGUUUCCCUCGACGAGAUUAUUGAAAUCGCAAGGACAAUGAGGUUCAAGUCCUUCUCCAAGGACCUGAAGGGGGGCGUCAAGGAGAUUCUGGGAACCGCCUUCAGCGUCGGCUGCCAGGUGGAUGGCAAGAGCCCGAAGGCGGUCAGUGAUGCGAUUGAGGCGGGCGAGAUCGACAUUCCUGAGGAGUAA